UGGGAAUGAAAAUGCCCUGUCAGGUGCAUGAUGUCCCUGGGGGGUUUCCAGCCCCCUUGUCAACUCCUUGUGGGUGUAUUUCCCACCUGUUCCCAGAGCAGUUCACUGAGCUCAGAAAGGGUUAGGGGCCAGAGGGGUGGCAAGGCCGUGGGGCCAGGAGUCAGGAGACCUGCUUCUGGCCUUUACUCGGCCGCUGGCUCACAAUAUGGCCUUGGCCUUCCCACCACCAAGCUGCCCCACCCCACCCUGCUGUGACCCACAAUGCAGCCAGCCAAGCCUUCCCAAGGAGUGAGCUCUGGCUUGUCACUCCCCACCUCUAAAACCUUCACUGGCUCCCUAAUGCCAAAUCCCCUCUUUGGACCUCAGUUUUCCACCUGUCAUGGGAGCAAGUUGGACUGCAUUGGGAAGCAGCCACAGGAAUCCCUACAGGGCCAGGCAGGUGAAAUAAGGUCUGUGGUGGGCCUGUGGGGAGUGUGGGGAGUGGGAGGUCAGUGCCCUGUCUACAGGGGCAGUGGCUGCUCAACCCCAGACACGGGGAUGAGGCAGGAACAUGGGCCAGUGCCAGUGGUGAAAUUCUGACAUUUCAAGGGAGUUCAGGCACCCAGAUAUUUUUGUGAAAUCUGUUAUUAUUUUGAAAAUACUCACAAUUAAAUUGAUAAAAACACGGCAAGGACCCAACUAAACACACCUGUGGGCCCCCAGUUUGCAGCUUGAGCAUUAGAUAACUGCUAGGGACCCUGGCAGCUGUAGCCUCUUACCAUCCAUAACUCGCUGCUGGCCACAGAGCAAGUUAUUGACGGAGUUGGUCCCAAGUUUCCAGGCCUAAGACCCUGUGAUGAUCCACGAGGAUUGAUGUGAAAAUGCGGACAGGCACUGCCCUCUUGUCUCCAUGUCAGAUGGGCAGGGGUGGAGCAGGAAGAGGGCUUGAGCUUGGGCCCAGCUCCAUCACUGCUCAGCUGUGUGUGCGCUUAGACUUGUCAUGUCUCUGGACCUCGCUGUCCUAACCUGUGAUGUGGGUAUGAUGCUGUCCAGUUUAACAGUGCCUCACCCCAUCCAUGUUCCCUAGGUAAGUCUCCCCCACACCCGCUGCCCUGGGUCCAGCUGAUCUGGCUUUGAGCUUCUGUCCUGUUGCUGUUGCAGGAGCCAUGAGCACAGAGGGCCCCAGCCUCGACAGCUCCCCAACCAUCAGCCCCCUCGCCUUUCUCUCAGCUCCCGUCACUCCCGGGACCCUUGCAGAGGCAACUGACCCCCUCCCCAUGCUCAUUGCCCUGGCCUGCAUCUUCCUCCUGCUGGCCACCUGUCUGCUGUUCAUGACGCUCUGCAAGCCGGCCGCGCUGGACCCGAGCCGCCGCAGGGCUCGCGAGUGCAUGCCCCACCACCCCGGGAGCCCCAGUGAGCCCCAGCUCCGGCUCUGGAAGCGCCUGGGCUCCCUGCGCCUCUCCCUGCACAGCUUCCGCCACGGCCGGCCCACCGCCCCUCGACGGCCCCUGCCGGGCCCUGACGACCACCGCGGCCACUGUAACUGCACGGAGUCUACCAAGAUGUGACGGGGUGUCCACACACAUGCCCCCACGCCCCCCAGGUCUACCUGUAGAUCCUCCUGCUUCAGAGACCGGUGCUGCAGGCUGCAGGAAGACAGUGGCCCAAGCAGCCCGGGCCACACACUCACCCCUGAAGCUCCUUGCAUGCCCAGGCCAGUGCCCUUCCCUAAAGAUGAUCCUCAGAAGAGCACCUUCCUCUCUGCAGACCCCCUAGCUGCUGCCUGAUGAAAGACUUCUGGUCAAGAGAUGAGCACUCGUGGUCAUCUGGGCCUUUGGCCUGAGGCUCCACAGGGUACAACCUAGGGCUUGUAACCACCUCCUAGAAUCAGCACCCUCACUCGCCACAGAAGCCUUGCCCUCCACGUGCCAAAGCCCAGCUUGGAGAAGUUGCCAAAUGGCAAAGGUUUUCUUUAGCUAAGUGAAAUGCUCAGCCUACACCAGGGCCAAGGCACUGUCCUGCCAUCUGUGCUGGCCCAGUGCUGGAGCAAAACCUCGGGGCUGCCUUCCUCGGGUUUCCUGGAUGCUGCCAGCAUCUGCCUGGCGCUGCCUGUGGGAGCAGCUGCCUCCCUCCUGGUGGAUCAGAUGCCUGGGUGCCAGCUGGGAGGAGGAGCAAGCGGGGCUCUCCAAGCACGGUCUUGGCAGCCAUCUUGGUGGCUCCUCUUCAGGCACCCACGUUAGGAUCGAUCAGGAAGGACUGAGGAUAAACAAGGAGGCUCCCUUCAGAGGCCAGAGCGGGUGCUGUGACAGAGUGGCAAGAGGCAGGCACUUCCAGCAGCUGGAGGUGAUGUCACCGGGGCUUGGAGGAGGACAGCUCACAGCAGCUCCACACCUCACCCAGGGAAAGCAGCGGCCUCCUUGAGGGUGGGAUGGUCUAGAUCUCUCCAGGACAGCUGUGGGGUCUCGGGUCCGGCCCACACUAGGGAUGCUAUCUAUGGUUUUGGUGAGUGCUUUGCUGACUACCUGUCAAAGCAGUCCCACCCCAGGAUGGGCUUCUCAGAAUCCCAAACCCUUGACCUCUCACCCCAACGCCAGGGUUAAACAUUUUGGUCAGGUCCCAAAUUUGAAGGGUGGGCAGAGGGAGGACCUGGGCUGCCCAGCUCCUGUCCCAGUCAGCUGGCCAGGAUCCCAUCACAAAGCUGCCCCACCCCCAUCCUGCUGUGACCCACGCAGCCAGCCAAGUCUUCCCAAGGAGUGAGCUCUGGCUUGCCACUCCCCAGCUCCAAAACCUUCACUGGCUCCCUAGUGCCAAAUGGACAUAGCCAAAGCUCCUCAGCCCAGCGUGCAGUGCCCCCUGGGAGCUGGCUCCAGUGAACCUUUCUAGCCUCAUCUUGAUCCAAAACUCCAGGAAAACUGAACAACCUGUCACCCACUAACUGUGGCUUAUGCUUCACAUAUACCCACUCCGUGAAGCCCUCUUGUCUGGGGCCGCCCCUACUGUCUCCUACCUCUCUUGGGGAGGACAAGGAACAUUCUCUUGGCAGCAUGGGUCCUUCUUGUCUAUGUCUUCUCUUUCCUACCAGCUUGGGAGCUUGCAGAGAGCCAGACCUUGUCCAGCCCCUCACUUUGACUCCCCAGUUCUGUGCACAGAAGUAUGAGGUUUCUGUGUACAGAGUGAAGAGUGGCCCAGCCUGGGGGUGUCCCCACCCUCUGAGGCAGGAGUCCUGGUGGGAGCCGGCACAACACAGAGCCUCAUCUUCCCUCAGAUGCCCCUAGAAAGAUUUCUCUCCAAGCAGGCCCUACUGGAGAAGCCCACUGUCCCUUCCAAGUCAAUCUGAUCUCAAAAAGUGAGUCCAGCUUCACAAGAAACUUACUAAGAGGACCUUGGAGAAGUCAUCCUGAGACCCUGCAUUUCUCCCUGAGAAAUGGGAGAAAUCAGCGCGGCCCUGUAUUAACUCGCUGGCUCUAGGAUUUCAGUAGGAGUAGUAUUGUGUGAAUAGAAACCGAGUCUUUGGUUUCUAUUUAGAAGGUGGGGCAGGCCUCGUCCCUAAGGGUUUUGCUCCUUUCUCCCUUCCGACUGAGUAACCUCUUCCUGGUUUGCUUCCCCUGGGGCCUCCCUGCACAUCCCAGGCUGGAUUCAGCCUGUAGCCAUCCACCCCACCAGCAGGCCCUGCUGGCCACUAGGCACUCUCUUCCUGGAGGCUGGGGUAGGGGGUGAGGCUGCCCUGAGGCCUGAAGAAGGAAAAGCCCAGGAGGGGGAGGGGCUUUCAAUUGGGUUUCAGGUACCAGGCCAGGGGGUUACAUUCCAAGUCCUUACAAGCUGAGGCCCUGAUCGAGAGAACCCUCUCCUUCCUCCUUCUGGAGCUAGCCACCACACUCUCGCAAAUCCCCAGGGCUUUCUGGGCUCUCUGUGUUUCUGGGAGUCAGCUCCCUGCUCCCCAGCCCUUUCCUGCCCUCCUCCUGGUCCUGAUGCAGGGAGGGGAGCAUUGCCAGCCUCCCACGCUUCUGUCCCUCCCAAGCCCAGGAGCCUGCCCCAGUGGGCAGGCCCAGAUUCGCUGUUUGGCUCAGCCUCCGAGUCGGAAAUCCCAUAGCUGGUAAAGAGACUCAUUCAUUCCGGGCCUUCCUCCCCACCCAGCAACUGAGGCCUCUGGGCAGAGGUUGGGGGGCACCCAAAUCGUUUUCAGGGUCCUCCCCUCUCUCCCUCUGAGUCUUGGAGCUGUUGUGCCUGCUCCCUGGGCAAAGGAGCCCUUUCUUCUUGUGCCUGUUUACUUCCCAAGAGGGGAGCCUCGGCCAAGGGCUCUGUGAAAGCAGCUCUGUUCUGGGCCUUGCUGGGCCCUGGCUCUCUCCUCAACUCCUUUCCGGGAAAUUGUGACAUCUCCUUCUCCCCCCUACACUGAAAGGCCCUUCUGGGUGGGGCAGGAGAUAUGGAGGGGGAGGCCAAGGCUUCCUUCUGUUUGUGGGGAGCCAGAGCCCUAUCCUCAGCUCUGCAACCUGGGGGCCCAGACUCUCUGGGAUGGGAGGGGGCCUGGGUUCCCCUUUCCCCACAGCACCUUCCAGAGCAGCAGACCCACCCUGGGCCCCUACCUGCUUCCGCCUCUGGUGCCACUGAGCAUGUGCCCUCAGGGCUGUGUGUGGCCCCACCUCCCCCAGCCCACCACUUGCCCCAGAAGCCACGGGCCACCUGCCUGCACAAUGCUGUGGCCUUCCGGGAUGUCCUCGGGGACGCUGGCCUCAUAGCUGCUCUGCAGAAAGAUGGGCCGGUUGUCAUUCACGUCCAGGACAGUGACGAACACGGUGGCUGUGCCUGUGUGCCGCUUCCCUACAGGGCCGUUGUCUGUGGGAGUUGAAGGAAGACAGGUGUUAGCAGCUGCCUGAGGGAGGGACACGCUUCCUGUGCCUUUGCACACUCCUGGGCACCAGCCAGAGAGGUGCCCCGUUCCACCCCAUCUGCCCUAGCCUUUGCAAGGGGUGACUUCCUUUUUAGCUUAGGAAUAACACUAACAGUAUCUAAUACUUAGAUAACACCAUGUGCCAGCCAUUCUUCUAACCCAUUCAGUCCUCACAGCAACCCACAAAGCAGGCACUUUACUGUCAUCCCCAUUUUACAGAGGAGGUAACUGAGGCACUCGAGUGGAUUGAAUGAUGGCUCCCAAAAAACAGACCCAUGUUAAAUCCCUGGGAACCUGUGAAGGUUAAUUUAUUUGGGAAAAAAGGCCUUUGAAAAUGUAAUUAUGUUAAGGGUCUUGAGAAGUGAUCAUCCUGGGCGAUCUGGGUGGCCCAUAAACCCAAUGGCAAGUGUUCUUGUAAGAGAAAGGCAGAGGGAGAUUUGAGACAGAGAGGAGGAGGCCACAUGCAGAUGGAGGCAGAGGCUGGAGUGAUGCUACCACAAGCCACCGAAGGCCUAGCAACUCCAGAAACUGGGAGAGUCUAGGACUGAUUCUCCCUAGAGCCUUUGGAGGACGCAUGACCCUGCCAACACCUUAAUUUCUAACUUCUGGCCUCGACAACCGGGAGAGAAUACACUUCUGCUGUUUUAAGUUUGUGGUAGUUUGUCGUGGCAAAUUUAGGAUGCAGAUACAGGUACUAAGAGCAAAAAGCCAACUGCUCUCAGGGACUGGCGGGUACAGCACCCGGGCCAAACACCUGGAUGGGCCCCUGCUCGAGGGGCAGCUGUGCUCCACCCCAGUCCACAGCUGACAGGCAGAAUGUGGGCCCAGGGACACCAGAUCUUCUGAUUUCUCUUGAGAAAUUGAACAUCUGAGCUUUUAAAUAAAAUCUCCUGAUCUUUAAAUGUUCA